UGUACACGUACACUCACACUCACACACGUACACGUACACACAAUUUUGUCGUGAUUUCUUUUAUUUGUUUAAAAAUAAUAUUACAAAUACUGUUAAAGUGCAUAGCAAAAAUGUACAAGAGUGUGUUGAGUGUUUUGCAUACGUGUGCGCACAAUUUGUCGCAAUAGGAAUAGCGAAUAUUCGCCAACCAAACGGAAAAGACAACAAAUUGUUCGCUGAGAGAGGGAGGAGAGAGAAUUUUAUGCUGCGAGCGAGAGUUAUUUAUUUCAUAAGAAAUUUGUUAAUCAAACUGCCAAAAUGGAGCGGCGCGUAAAACUAAAGACUAUUAAUCCGCACAUAACGUGUAAAAUAUGCGGUGGCUAUUUCAUAGAUGCGACCACAGUGACCGAGUGUCUGCACACAUUUUGCAAAAGCUGCCUGGUCAAACACUUGGAGGAGAAAAAGACAUGCCCCACCUGCGACAACAUUAUACAUCAAUCACAUCCGCUGCAGUACAUCAGCUUCGAUCGCACCAUGCAGGACAUUGUGUACAAAUUGGUGCCAAAGCUUCAAGAAGAUGAGUCGCGGCGCGAACGUGAUUUCUACAAGAGUCGGAAUAUGCCAUGUCCGAAGGAUAUAACGCAAAAUCACGAUGACGACAACGAGAAGGUGAUGGACGCGCAUGCCGAAUCCGACUUCCACCGUCUCGACGAACAGGUCAACGUGUGCCUCGAGUGUAUUAGCAAUAACUUUAAGAAUCUGCAAAGACGCUUUAUACGCUGCAGCUCGCAGGCGACGAUAACGCAUCUCAAAAAGCUCGUCGCUAAGAAGAUACUCAACGGAAUCGAAAAAUAUCGGGAGAUCGAUAUACUGUGUAAUGAGGAGCUGCUGGGCAAGGAUCACACGUUGAAAUUUGUCUAUGUGACACGUUGGCGCUUUCGAGAUCCACCGUUACGGCUGCAAUUUCGUCCUCGUGUCGAGCUUUAACACAAGCAAAUGCAAAAAUGAUCUAUAUAUAUAUUUUUUUAUAAUUUAUUGACAUAGUGCUCUAUUAUAUAUAUGAAUAUAUAUUUAUAUAUAUAAAUAUGAAUCUUAGGAGUUCCCCUAGUGUUAGUUCUCUCUAAAACGAAAACACAAAAAUAUGUAUGUAUGUGUAAAUGUGCAUGUAUAUAAAGUCGGCAUAGAGUAGUCCUUAAGUUCAACGUGAUUAGCAUUAUCCAUUAUCCUCGUGUGACUUUUGUUGCGACUCUGUAAUGUCUGAUUUAAUCAAAUUCAAGACCCCAUCAAGAAACUUCCCUCUCCCGUUCAAUAAUUGCAAUAUUUUAUGUUUUUUAUUAUUUUUAUUUGUAUUUAGUUUCAUGUGUAUAAUUUAUUAAUUUAAUGUACAAAUCAAAACACACGAAUGUAAAUAGCAGUUGAGUAAAUAAAUUUGUAAUUAUGUAAAGUUUAAAAAA